GCAUUUCAGGAGUUCAAUUUCCAGUAAGUAGCAGUAGCAUGGAGACGGCGUCGUCACCACCAAAACCACCGCCGUCGCCGCCAACUGAAUCUGAAGUUAUCGAAAACGUUACCAACAUUCUCACUUCCUCUCAAGCUUCCCUCCAAUCCCUUUACCCAUACAUCCCCCACCUCACUCCAUCUCUAAUCUCAUCCAUCCUCUCGUCCGCUUCUCUUUAUUCCCGUCCAAGUACUCUCUUAUCAUUCUUCAAAUGGUGCCAUUCUCACAUUCCCAACUUCUCCCACCAGUCCAACUCCCUCCAUUCCCUCCUCAAACUCCUUCCUUCUCUCUUCCACCACAACAAGUUUUCUGACGCCAAGUCCCUCCUCCUCUCUUUCAUCGCUUCCGACCGCUUCCACCAGCUCCACCACUCCCUCCUCCACCCUCCUCGCUCCUUCCCUCCCCCUACCAAAGCUCUUCUUGACACCGCUGUUGGUGCUUACGUUCAAUCGCAGAAGGUCCACCUUGCCGUUCAGAUUUUCAAGAAGAUGAAGCGUCUCCACCUCCGGCCCUCCCUCCUCACCUGCAAUACUCUCCUCAAUUCCUUGGUAAGAUACCCAUCUUCCCAUUCAAUUCCUAUGUCCCAGGAGAUUUUUAAUGACGCCAUCAGGCUAGGGGUUACCCCAAAUACCAAGACUUUUAACAUUAUGAUAUAUGGCUAUUGCUCGCAAUUUAGGUUUAAAGAUGCAAUGGAGUUGUUUAAUCGGAUGACGGUCCAGUUCAAUUGCUUUCCCGAUAAUAUUACAUAUAACACCAUUUUAGAUGCAUUCUGCAAGAGGGGUCUCUUGAACGAGGCCCGAGAUUUGCUUUCUGAUAUGAAGGAUAGAGGACUCUCGCCCGAUAGGAAUACAUACAAUACCUUGGUGUGCGCAUAUUGUAGGUUGGGAUGGUUGAAGGACGCAGUAAAAGCGUUUGAAUUGAUGACCCAGAGCAAAUUUCUGCCAGAUGUUUGGACUUAUAACAUGCUGAUUAGUGGGUUCUGCAAGGAAGGUAAGAUCGAAGAAGCUUUUAAGCUUAAGGAUAAGAUGGAGAAUUUGAGGUUGCUGCCAGACGUCGUUACUUACAACACUUUGAUUAAUGGGUGUUUUGAGUGGAGAAACAGUUCUGAGGCAUACAAGUUGCUCGAGGAAAUGAGUGAGAAAGGGGUGAAGCAAAAUGCUAUCACCUAUAAUAUAAUGCUCAAAAGAUUGUGUAAAGAAGGGGCCAUGGAAGAAGCAAGCAACACCAUUCGAAAAAUGGAGCAAAAUGGGUUUUCCCCAGAUUGUGUUACUUACAAUACUUUGAUCCAUGGCUACUGCAAAGCCGGUAAUAUGAGGGAAGCCUACAUGAUGAUGGAUGAGAUGGCUCGGAAAGGUUUGAAGAUGGAUACUGUUACCCUAAAUACUGUUCUGCACAACCUCUGUAAGGAGAAUAAGCUAAGCAAGGCGUACGAGUUACUUGAAAGUGCAGUCAGAAGAGGAUACACUCUUGAUGAAGUUAGCUAUGGCACUCUAAUUACAGGGUGCUUCAAGGACGAGAACAUUGAUUUGGCUUUGAAGCUUUGGGAUGAGAUGAAGGAAAAAGAGAUCCUUCCUAGUGUUGUUACCUAUAAUUCAGUUAUCGGAGGCCUUUGCAAAUUCGGAAAGACUGAGCAAGCACUAGCCAAGUUGAAUGAGCUUAUAGAGAGUGGGUUGGUUCCUGAUGUAACUACCUACAACACUAUCAUUCAUGGGUAUUGCAGGGAAGGAAGUGUAGAGGAAGCUUUUCAUUUCUACACCAAAAUGGCCGAGGAAUCAUUCAAGCCGGAUAUUGUUACAUGUAACAUUCUUCUUCGUGCACUGUGCAAAGAACAGAUGCUAGAUAAAGCUCUUAAGUUCUUUAAUUCGUGGAUCUUAAAGGGCAAAGUUGUUGAUGCUGUCACCUACAAUACAUUGAUAACGUUCAUGUGCAAAGAGAGGAAAAUGGAACAAGCAUUGAAGCUUCUUGCAGAAAUGGAAGAGAAGGAAUUGGGACCCGACCAUUUCACAUAUAAUGCCAUUUUAUGUGGGUUUACAGAGGCUGGCAGAACUGAAGAUGCAAAGGAGUUUCUUUCAAAGAUGAUUGAAACAGGAAAAUUACCUGAUCAAUCAUCUGUCUCUGCAUUAGAAAAAGUUGUUUCUGCAGGAGAGAAGGGGCAAGAGGUGGUAAUUAGUGAAAUUCCACAGGAUCCUGAUUCAAGUUCUGAAGAUUAUUCGAAGCACAUAGAUGACCUGUGUAAUGAAGGGAAAUACAAAGAAGCAAGGUGCAUUUUGGAAGAAUCAACGCGGAAUGGUAUUACAGUAAAUAGAUCCACUUAUAUCACUUUGAUGGAUGGGCUCAUUAAGAGGCGUAAAGGCACAUCAAAAGUUGCCCAAUGAAGCAGGCUGGGAUUGAAGGGUUCUCUUUUCCAGUGUCAAGCUGGGUCAUCUUUGUCAACGUGUGACAGCAGAUGUCAGCCAUGUAACUAGAGAAGCAGUUCAGGUCCUCAUUGGUUAGAAGGCAUUUAUCAGGGCCGUGGAUGCUGUUGGUCCUUCAGGAGGCAUGAUUAAAUGCAUGGCAUGCAAAGAAUAUCAAGGUUUCAGACGACAAUUUGGGAUAACAUUUCAUUAUUUUUCUUGUUUAUGGCAGCCAUUGGGACCUGUUGACGCUGAGCUUCAUUUACUCCUCCAAAGCCUUAUCUUUGUCUUUAUGGUUAUGGAUAUUGAGAUGAUUUCAUGGAGUGCAACUCUCAGACUUUUAUUGGAUGGUGCUGGUAGUUCCUUGGGUCUAUGGAAAAUUAGUAAUUCUUUCAGGGAGAUGGGAUCAUUGUCUUCCUAGAAGGGGUGCUUGGUGUUGUAUCUUCUUUUUACUAGAACAUCUUAUUUAAUGAUAAAAAUUUCUGAUUGUGAAUCCAGUCUACAAUUCUACAUGAACUGUGUCUGCCAUAUUCGUGGCAAGUUGUGAUAAUAGAGAUAACAGAGUACUACUAUGAUAAGAUUAGUUGAUUA